AUGUCGAUUUGUUUUGUAGAGUUUGCUGAUCUCUACCUUGCUUAUAUAGUUGAGGAUGAUGCUUCCAACUCGAAUUUCCCAUCAACUAUGAAAAAUGAUAAAGAAACAGAGAUAGGUGACAGAGAUCCAGAAGCAUGGUUCCAAUUUUUUGGUGAAGGAAAUAAAUCUAAAUCAUGUUUUUUCUUCGAUCGGUUCUAUGGGAUUCUUGCUUCCCUUGGUUUGUGGCAGAAAGAGGCCAAGAUCUUGUUUUUAGGGCUUGAAAAUGCCGGCAAAACGACGCUGCUUCACAUGCUCAAAGACGAGAGAUUAGUUCAACAUCAGCCAACACAGCAUCCUACAUCAGAGGAAUUGAGUAUUGGGAAAAUUAAGUUCAAGGCUUUUGAUUUGGGAGGCCAUCAGAUUGCUCGAAGAGUUUGGAAAACUACGCCAAGGUGUAUUUCGUUUGUGGAUGUUGUUGUUUACCUGGUGGAUGCAUAUGACAAGGAGAGGUUUGCCGAGUCAAAAAAGGAGUUGGAUUCUCUAUUCUCUGAUGAAUCUUUGGCUAACGUUCCGUACCUGAUAUUGGGAAACAAGAUCGAUAUACCAUACGAUGCCUCAGAAGAUGAGUUGCAUUAUCACCUUGGCCCGACAAACUUCACCACCGACAAGGGUAAGGUCAACUUGGGAAACUUGAACGUCCGCCCCCUCAAGGUAUUCAUGUGUAGCAUUGUUCGAAAAAUGGGUUAUGGAGAUGGAUUCAAGUGGGUUUCUCAAUACAUCAAGUAGGUAGGUGGUAUAGAGAAUUCAGAUAUACUAUGCUUUCUUCCUCGAUGUUCUUUUUAUAUUGAAUUUAGUUGGGCUAUCCCUUUCGCUUUUGAUUCCAUUUUUGUUUGCAUUAAUAAACAUACACCUCCUCUAUGAAACAA